AUGAAGAUAUCUUCAAGGCAACUCAUUUUCUCUCUAUACUUGUUCUUUGAUCUCUCCUUAAAAACUUUCACUGCACACAUGGCCAUGGCGCAGAAUCAAACAGUUCCCAUAAAUGUGGACGUGGGAGUGGUACUGAACAUGGACAAUUCUUUAGGUAAAAUGGGAUUGAGCUGCAUUUCAAUGGCGCUCUCAAACUUGUAUGCCUCAAAUUCUCACUAUAGAACCAGGCUGGUUCUCCACACUAGGGACGCCAAGGGAGAUGAUAUUGGUGCUGCAGCAGCAGCUCUAGACCUACUGAAGAAUGUGGAAGUAAAAGCCAUAAUAGGACCCCAGUGUUCAAUGCAAGCAAACUUCCUGAUUGCUCUUGGAGACAAAGCUCAAGUUCCCAUUAUCUCAUUUUCAGCUACAAGGCCUCUUUCAUCAAUUCGACGUCCAUACUUUAUUCGUGUAACUCAAAAGGAUUCAUCUCAAGUAAAUGCAAUUAGUGCAAUUGUUAAAGCAUUUGGAUGGAGAGAAGUAGUGCCCAUCUACGUCCAUAAUGAAUUUGGAGAAGGGAUCAUACCUUUUCUGACAGAUGCCCUGGAAAAUGUCAAUGCUCGUGUUCCUUACAGAAGUGUCAUUCCUUCCAUGGCCACAGAUGAUCAAAUUGUUGCAGAGCUUUACAAGCUGAUGACGAUGCAAACUCGGGUUUUCAUUGUCCACAUGCUGACCUCUCUCGGUUCCCGUCUGUUCACCAAAGCAAAACUGCUUGGAAUGAUGAGUGAAAACUAUGCAUGGAUUAUAACUGAUGGCAUCACAAAUGAAAUAAAUUCAAUGGAUACUUCUGUCAUAGAGUCUAUGCUAGGUGUAAUAGGUGUAAAACCUUACGUUCCAAAAACGAAAGAGCUUCAUGAGUUCACCACUCAAUGCCAGCGAAGCAAUCUAACUCUUAAUCCUGAAUUAAACAUAUAUGGGCUCUGGGCUUACGAUUCUGCAACAGCACUAGCCAUGGCAAUAGAGAAGGCAAGACUUACAAAUGAUGAGUUUCAAAUGUCUAAUGUUCCUAGAAAUGCAACGGACCUUGAAAGGUUUGGAAUCUCUAAAGAUGGUCCGGAGCUCCUCCAAGCACUAUCAAAUACCGCAUUCAAAGGGCUUUCUGGAAAUUUUCAAUUGCUCGAUGGGCAACUCCAGUCAUCUCUUUAUGAGAUAGUUAAUCUAGUUGGACAUGGGGCUAGAGCGGUGGGAUAUUGGACAAAAGAAACUGGAAUUGUUAAAGAACUGAAUUCCUCAAAUACAAAGACAUAUUCCUCUUCCAAGAACAAGUUUGGAUCAAUUAUAUGGCCUGGUGACACAACAUCGCCUCCCAAGGGUUGGGUGAUCCCUACCAAUGGAAAGAUAUUAAGAAUAGGAGUACCAGUGAAGGAUGGUUACACUGAAUUCCUUCAAGUUUCUUGGAAUUCUGCCUCUAACUCCACAGAGGUGAAAGGAUACUGCAAAGAUGUCUUCGACGCAGUAAUGGCAAAAUUGCCAUAUGGCAUACCAUAUGAAUACAUUCCAUUUGCAACAUCCGACCACAAGAGUGCUGGUAGUUACAAUGAUUUGGUCUAUCAAGUGUACCUAGGAAACUAUGAUGGUGCAGUUGGAGAUGUAACAAUUGUAGCGAGUAGAUCUCAGUAUGUGGAUUUUACUCUGCCAUACACAGAAUCUGGUGUUUCAAUGAUUGUGCCAAUCAAGAAUAACAAGGGGAAAAACGCUUGGGCAUUUUUGAAGCCAUUGUCAUGGGAACUCUGGUUGACAAGCUUUUGUUCAUUUGUGUUCAUCGGAUUUUUGAUUUGGCUUUUUGAACAUCGAAUAAAUGAAGAUUUUAGGGGGCCACCUUUACAUCAAGUUGGCAUGAUAUUCUGGUUUGCCUUCUCAACCAUGGUCUUUGCACAAAAGGAUAAGAUAAUAAGCAACUUGGCUAGGUUUGUGCUGAUCAUCUGGCUCUUUGUGGUUCUUAUACUAGCCCAAAUUUACACUGCCAGUCUAACAUCAAUGCUGACAGUUCAGCAACAACAGCCAACUAUUACAGAUAUAAAUCAGCUUCUUAAGAAAAAAGAAUAUGUGGGAUACCUACAGGGCUCGUUUGUUUAUGAUCUUCUAAAACGAAUGAAUUUUGACGAGUCUAGACUUGUACAAUACAGGUCUCUGGAGGAAUUAGAUACACUUUUCUCAAAAGGGAGUGGAAAUGGUGGUAUCGCUGCUGCUUUCGAUGAGAAACCAUAUACGAAGCUUUUCCUGGCCAAAUAUUGCUCAAAAUACACCAUGGUUGAGCCAACAUAUAAGACUGAUGGUUUUGCUUUUGUUUUCCCUAUAGGUUCUCCUCUAGUACCUGACGUCUCAAGAGCAAUAUUAAAUGUGACCGAGGGAGAGAAGAUGACGGAAAUCGAAAGAACAUGGUUUUGGGAAAAAACUAGAUGCCCAGAUUCCAGCAUGUCACUUUCGUCCAACAACAACAGCCUUGGGCUUGAGAGCUUUUGGGGACUUUUUUUAAUAGCUGGAAUAGCCGCAGUUUCUGCUCUUAUAAUCUAUGUCAUUUUGUUUCUACAUGAACACUGGAAUGUCUUGCGAUGCUCUGAUCCCGAUUCCUCAAUAUGGAGCAAAAUAGUAAAGUUACUUCGAUGUUUUGACAAUAAAGAUCUCAGUUCUCAUACUUUCAGGAACAUUGGACUGACGGAGAGAAACAUCUGCGGCGGUAACUGCAGGGAAAGAUUAGAGAAAGUCUCAUCCCAUGGUAAUUUCCCGCAAACUCCACAAAGCCUUUCGUUAAAUACUUCUCCACAUACCAACUAUCCACCAAGUCCAACCUUCUCGACCCGUAUAGAACAAUGUUUAAGUCCUCUACAAGUGGAAGUGAAUCCAGUGAAGAAUGGGAUGACAAAUUUGCAAGCAGAAACAGUUCAUGUGGUUGAACCUGAAAUUGAGCUUGUGAAUCCAAAUCAAGAUUUGCACGACUGCAGGAUCCACAAAUGA